GACCACUUAGUGUCCCUCCAGCAGCAGCCGGACCGUCAUGUGGAUGUGGGCUUUGCUCCCCGUCUGCCUGGCCGUCUUUGGCACUGUGGGCAUUUGGACUGUGUUGGCUGUUGCUGUGUCAAAUGGAUCAGUCAACCUCACGGAGGGAGUCCCGUACAUCAGUAAGUGUGGCACUUACCCCCCUCAGAGCUGCCUCUUCUCCCAGAUCUGCAGCAUCAGCUCUGUUUUAGCCCUGUGGAUUGUGGCGAUCCGCUUCCAGCAGAUUAGGGACUGCGGUAACCACGGGAAGGCCAAUGCAGCCAGCGUCGUUUUGGGAUUCAUCUCCUCCAUAGGAAUCUCCAUCAUUGGCAACUUCCAGCAAUCCAUCUUAAAGAACAUUCACCACUUGGGAGUGUUCCUGGCCUUCUUCCUGGGCCUGGCCUACUUCUGGGUCCAACUGUUUCUGACAUACAGAGCUCCGCCGUCUCCGGACCGAUGCUGGGUCGGGCCGGCCCGGGCCACCUGCUGCAUCCUCUGUACCAUCCUGGUCAUCGCUAUGGUCGUUCUCCACAACACCGGCUCUCCCUCUUGGGCCGCCGUGUGCGAAUGGGCCCUGGUCAUGUUGGUCUUCUGCCUGUUUGGCCUUUUUGCAGCUGAGUUCAGACACAUCGACUGCCACCAGCUCACUGUGCAGAGAGCGGCUCUUGCCGACCAGCGCAACACUGCCUCCCUAGAGGUCAACGGUUAUGUCGCAAAUGCACUCUGAACGCACACGAGGCCCUGUGGCUCCACAACAACAAUCUCACCUGC